CACUGAAGUGGAAGUGGUAACAGACAGGCAGCUGCGUGGUCGGACACCGGCCGUGGGCGGGGUCCUCCUCAAGGCUUCUAACGGUCAUUGAGCGGCUCGAGCGCGGUUACGCGAGGCCUGGGCUUCAGGCCGAACCCCCUCAGGGUUGCUGUCCCUCGGCCUCGCCACCGGCCGCCUUGCUGCCACCACACUACCACUCCGCCCCCCCCCCCCCCCCCAUCCCCUCCCUCCGAGAGCCGCCGCUCGGAGAUGGUCUCCGGCUGAUAAUGGGCGGCAGCAGUUCCAAAGGCCGCACCUUCUGGCCCUUCGGAUCGGGCGCCGUCAGCGACUCGGCCAAAGGCGUCGGCGAGCAGAGCCUGACCCGGUACAAGGGCAGCCGGCUCGGGGCUACUCCUUUCGUCUUUAGCCGCCGGAGCUCGAUGUAUUAUGAUGAAGAUGGUGAUUUGGCUCAUGAAUUCUAUGAAGAAACAUUUGUCACAAAGAAUGGAAGGAAAAAAGCUAAACUGAAAAGAAUUCAUAAAAAUUUAAUACCUCAGGGGAUGGUUAAACUGGACCACCCACGAAUCCAUGUUGACUUCCCAGUGGUUUUAUGUGAGGUGUGACUGAAAUGCAAGUUUUCAUCAGAUUGAGACUUAUGCACUAUAGAUGACUGCCAGAUGCUAAAUAGUCCUUGGACCUUUGUUUCAGUGGUGGAGACUGGCCCAGUGAGAACAUGGCAUCUGUUUCAUUUGCGUGUAGAUUUCCUGCUACAAGCAAAAAGUUCAAAUGUUUUCCUUCUGUGAAUAUCAAUAGAGUAAUCUGAAAAUUCAUCCUAAUUCAGUUAAAUCCAGUCACAGUACAAAUAUACACUGAGAACUCUUGUGCUGUAUCAAGUAAUUGUGUUAGAUCACUACGACCAAUGUUCAAGAACAGUGUAAAUAGCUUUAAUUUAAUGCAGUCAUCAGGGAUAUUUAAGCAUUGAGUUCUGUAUAUAUGCAGUGUUCAGCAGUAAAUAUAAUGGCAUAUCCAUGAAAGUUGAUUAGUUCCAAAGUUUGUUAUUUAUCAAUGACAUUUUUGUUUAAGAAUGUUUUAAUUUUCUCAUUCUGUAAUAAAAACAAUUCCCAACCAGUC